UUUUCCAGAGCCGCUACUGCGGCUUUCGGCGAGUCCGUGCUGGGCAGCCCUUCUCCCAGUUCGCUUCCGACGGCCGCCAUUGCUCCUUCUUCCUCAGCCCCCUUUUGAUCGUUUUUUUCCCGCCCGUUUUUCUGGGCGCCAUUUUUUGAAAUUCAAAAUUCCCGCCUUUUUCGUUACCAUUUUUUAAGCAUCGGAUACCUCCCCUGCAGGCUAUCUAUCUGUAUGUUUGUGUAUAUGUGCUGCUGACAAAUUUACACAAGGCUGAUUUACACACAUUUUUACUGUGGCUGUAAUCAUAGUGGCUGAAUUGUAUUAUUAAGGCUGGAGCUCCAAUCCUAGUGGGCUGGAUUGUAUUAUCAAGGCUGGAGCUUUAAUCCUAGUGGCUGGAUUACAUUAUCAAGGCUGGAGUUUUAAUCCUAGUGGCUGGAUUACAUUAUCAAGGCUGGAGCUUUAAUCCUAGUGGCUGGAUUACAUUAUCAAGGCUGGAGCUUUAAUAUCAGUGGCUGACUUGUACUAAAUCUGAUUUACAUUACAUAUCCUGCCCCCUAUGGGGCUGUGAACAAGCCAAAAACCCAGCCUACAGCACUAAUCUGAGUGUACCAACUCUAAAACAGCCUAUAUUAUAUUAACGUUGAUACCUCUGUGCAUUCUGCCCCCUCUGUGGCAGUGCAUUCGCCAUCUGCCAGUGUAUCCUACCCCCUCCGUGGUAGUACGCUGUGCCAGUUCGGGUCUUUACAUCCUGCCCCCUCCGUGGCAGUGUACUGCACCCAGGUUCAUAUAAGAUGGCAGAACAGCCAGGCAUGUCACCAUCAACACACAUGGUGCCAGAUCAGCCAGACAUGCCACAAUCAGCCAAGCCACAACAUACUAACACGUCUAAGACCAGACAUGCCAAAGCACUGGCUAAGACAAAACAUCUUUCCAGCCAUAGUAAACCAAAGCGCCCUCGUUAUGUCUCUGUGCCAACAACCACCACAGCACAGACACACAUAAGUGAUAUUUUCCAUUCUCCUGCUCCUGCCUCUGACGAGGAAGAGUUUGUUGGCUUUCCCCCUCACGGUUCGCCUAACGAACCUACCUCUGGCUUACCGCCUCAGACAUCUGUUCCAAUAGCCCACCAGGCACAUACAUCUCACACAUCUGGUCUGCAGCUGUCUCCUGAUUUCCUCUCCCAACUCCAAGCCAUGCUGGCUUAUUUCACACAAAUGCAGUCACUACCACAGGUUCCUGCCAGACCCCCACUCAACAUGGACCAACGCGCGUUCCAUGCUGCUCAUCCUUCCUGCUCGCCAGAUCCCUUCGAUUUAGCCAGAGGCAGAUGUACGGACGAAGCCUCGUAUGUGGAGGAGUUAACUUUCACUGACCAUGUUGAAGGAGACGACUGGAGCGACUAUUCAGAUCAUGAGGAGGAUACAUCGUAUCGCUUGUUCAAUACCUCAGAUUACCAACCGCUCGCACGUAGGGUACUUCAUACCCUUGGUCUCCAGACUGCGCCCUCAACUUCGUCCGCUCCAACUCUCAAAGGGGCCAAGGUCCUCAAAUCCCCUGCACCUACUGAACACUACAUCCCGGUGCCGGACCCAAUUGCCAAAUUAGCUUCCGAAGAAUGGGCCCACCCGCUCAAAGCUCGACGCUUCAAGAACAUGGCUGACAGACUUUACGCCCUAGCCCCAGACUUCGCCACCAAGUUAGAUGUCCCUGGCAUAGAUGAACCGAUCGCUCGCCUCGUUUCACGAUCUAUCUUGCCCAGGGAAGGGGAAUCCCACCUAAAAGAUACUACUGAACGUCGAAUAGACUUCGCCCUCCGCAAGAACCACGAGGCCACUGCCCUAGCCAUGCGUGCCUCUGCCUCAGCCUCCAUCUUCUCCAGAGCAUCUAUGAUGUGGCUGGAUGACCUUCUAGAGGACGAUAACCCUGAUCCUGUCACCCUCAGAAGAGCACUAUUGAAGUUACGUAAGACAGCAGCCUUUGUGGCCGAUGCCACUUUGGAUGCCACCCAAUUAGGGGCACGAGCCAUGACGACUCAAAUAGUCGCUCGUCGCACCCUCUGGCUUCGCCACUGGCAAGCUGAUUCAGCGGCUAGAUUGAACCUGUCCAAGGCUCCUUACUCCGGAUCUCUACUCUUCGGUGAGGAAGCUCUAAAGGCAGUUCUGGUUGAUCCAAAAGACGCCCACAAACCGGUUCUAGCCACAAUCAAGAACAUCGAGCACAGGCCCCUCAGGCGAUUUCCCUCCUUUCGUUCUAACCAGCCCUUUCGAGGAACGCGACCAGGAGGACGAGGCCGCGAUUUCAGACCCUAUGAUUCCAACGCAUUCAGGGGCUCCUGGAACCGACGCCCCCAGGGCAGAGACCUACGGCUGGCUGGUCAACUUCGACAAAAGCCAUCUCCAACCAACCCAACGCCUACUACAUCUUGGGGCAAUGUUGGACACCCUGCAGGCAAUGGUCUUCCUGUCUCCAGAUCGCAUCACUGCCAUCACAAGCAUCGCAAGGUCCCUGAUGCAACAAACAUCCGCAGACGUCAUGCUUCUCGCCAGAGCGCUCGGGAUGUUUAUCUCCACAAUCCACAUUGUACCCUGGGCUCGAGCUCACACUCGGCCCCUUCAGUGGACUCUGUUGCCUUUUCAAUAAGACAUUGCCAGCUCCAACCAUCGCAAAGUUCGUUUGAGCCCCGCUCUGCGCCUCUCCUUCCGCUGGUGGACCAAGGUUCAACACCUCUCCAAGGGCACGUCGUUCAGAGAACCCCGCAGAACCGUCGUGACCACAGACGCCAGCCUCAUAGGUUGGGGAGCCCACUGCAACUCCCAGUAUGUUCAGGGGGUUUGGCCCAACGCAGAGCGAGCUCGAAGCAUCAACUGGCUGGAACUAAAGGCUGUCCACUUGGCUCUAUGUCAUUUUCAGUCUCUGUUCCCUUUGCAUCAUGUGCUCAUUCGAACAGACAACACGUGUGUAAAAUCACAUUUGAACAGACAAGGGGGCACCAGGUCUCGUCCUCUGCAGGACUUAGCCUCCCUCAUCUUUGUCUGGGCAGAACAACAUCUACAAUCCCUGAAAGCAGAGCACCUCAAAGGGAUUUGGAAUGUGACAGCAGACUGGCUCAGCAGACAACAGGUCUUCCCGGGAGAAUGGAAACUUCAUCCAGCCAUUUUCCAUCGUCUCCAGUGUCGGUUCGGCGCCCUCUCAGUCGACCUGUUUGCUUCCAGUCACAAUUGCCAGCUUCCCAGGUACUUUGCCCGAUACCUGGACUCAACAGCAGAAGCAGUGGAUGCUCUGACAACACCGUGGCCAGACGGUCUAUUGUACGCCUUUCCUCCCAUACCAUUGUUAGCCAAAACCUUGAGGAAGGCGCGAACCGAAAGGGCACAGUUGGUUCUGAUAGCACCAUUUUGGCCACGCCGUCCGUGGUUCUCACUUCUGGCAAUGUCAAUGAUGGACCCUUGGACACUUCCAGUAACGCCAGACCUCUUAUCCCAGGGUCCAGUACUGCACCAGGACCCUACUUGGCUCAAUCUAACAGCGUGGUGUUUGAACGGAGACACUUGAGGUCAGCUGGACUGUCUGACGCUGUGAUUGAUAUUAUUUUGGCCUCGAGAAGACCAUCUACCACUCGCAUUUAUCAACAUACCUGGGUGGCUUUCUCCAAGUGGUGUCAGUCCCACCACCACGAUCCAUCCCAGGCCAAUGUGCACCAGGUGCUCCAAUUUCUCCAUAGUGGCUUUAUGAUGGGACUUCGACCCAACACUCUACGUCGACAUGCGUCUACUCUGUCAUCCAUUCUCUCAGUGUCCUCUCCUGGAGAUCAUAUUUCCUCACAUCCGUUCAUCAAACGUUUUUUGAGGGGAGUCGCCCUACGCUCUCCGGCUGUUGUCCAUCGGUUCCCCUCAUGGAGUUUGCCGAAAGUUCUGCAGGCUUUGCAACGCCCUCCGUUUGAACCCAUCAGAACUGUGCCCCUACGUAUUCUGUCCUUCAAGGUCCUGUUUCUGAUUGCAAUCACAUCUGCCAGACGCGUUUCGGAGUUGGGCGCAUUGUCUUCCGCUAGACACCUCUGCGUCUUCCAUAAGGACUCUGUUGUGCUGAAGACUGACCCUUCCUUUCGUCCCAAGGUCGAUUCAGUUUUUCAUUGCAACCAGGACAUUGUUUUGCCUUCCUUUUGCCCGAAUCCUACCCAUCCUCUCGAGAAGGCUUGGCAUUCGUUGGAUGUCCGGAGGGCUCUCAAGACCUACCUGUCUAGGACCCAAGAGAUUCGACGAACGGAGUCUCUGUUUGUAUCCUUUCAUCCAGGGUCUAUGGGGCAUAAAGUAUCCAAUCCUACCUUAUCCCGUUGGUUAAGGGCAUGCAUUACCUUAGCAUAUGAGUCCCUGAAGCUGCCAGUUCCUGCUAGUAUAACAGCUCAUUCUACUAGGUCAGCUGCCACUUCGGCUGCUUUUGCUACUAAUGCUCCUGUUGCCGAUAUUUGUAGGGCCGCAGUCUGGUCUUCCCCACACUCGUUUAUAAGACAUUAUAAAAUUGAUCGUUAUGCCUCUGCUGAUGCUUCUUUUGGCAGACGAGUGUUGCAACAGGUUCUUAAUGAGGAUUAACAUGUGGGUGGUCCCUCCCUAUAUGGGUUGCUUUGGUACAUCCCACAGUGAUGGCCCACUUCCUAUGGAAAAUGUACCAUUGGUCUCACCUGAAAGGUGAUUUUCAUAGGAAGGGGCCAUCACGACCCUCCCAGUUGGAGGAUGACUAGUGAUUUUAUCAAUGGGUUAUAUGUUAUUGUUUCCAUAUUAUAUUUAAAUGUAAGAGUGAAGUCAAGACUUUUAGUUCUGUUAUGUUAUGUAGUUAGGUUAGAGUCAUGUUGUUAUGCAUGUGACUAUUAUGUUAUUUUCCUGGCGGGCCUGUUGGCCUUGUUCUUGUAUUUUUAGAUAUCUCUUUUAGACUCGCUACGAAUGAACUGGAGAGUGGGAGGGGCAUGACGUCCCUAGUCUUGACUUCAAAAACAUUCUUGCCUUCGCACGAUAGGUGGAACUGUUACCCACAGUGAUGGCCCCUUCCUAUGAAAAUCACCUUUCAGGUGAGACCAAUGGUACAAUCCCUCCUCCUUCCAUCUUAAGUGGAUAUGGCUUUACCAGGGCUCAGUAUAGAAGUGGGGCUGUUUCACUCAUGUCCUUCUUA